AUGAUUACCUUUCAACACGUUGUUUUUGCUGCCGUGGCCUUCCGCGCUGCCCUCAUCGUUUACGCCGAAUACCAUGACGCGCACUCUGUCCUCAAAUACACAGACGUUGACUAUCGAGUGUUCUCCGAUGCCGCACGCUUCGUAGCUCAACCUAUGGCUGACAACCACGCGGUCGGUCCUUGGGGCGAGUCGCUAUCCCUCGGCGAUCCUUACACGCGUGAAACGUAUCGAUAUACACCACUGCUUGCUCUGCUACUCCUUCCAAACGAAUGGCUCCAUCCUGCCUUUGGCAAGGUCAUAUUCUCAUUGGCUGAUAUUGGAAUCGGGCUCUUGUCCAAGCAGCUUCUGGUAGCGACAUCAUCCAAGUGGAGGCAGAAGGAGCAUACGUACUGGGGACUUUCGCGCGACGAGCUCAUACUCGCUGGAAUUUGGCUUCUGAACCCGAUGCCCGCAAAUAUCUCUACAAGAGGCAGCGCCGAAUCGCUCCUUGGAAUACUUGUCAUCCUGACAUUGGCAUUGGCCGUGCAGAGAAAGUGGGUUUCUUGCGCCAUCUUGUUAGGUGCAAGUAUCCAUUGGAAGAUAUACCCACUCAUCUACGUCGGGAGUCUCCUUCCACUGGUUGGAGCAGAGAUUGACACACCUUCACGCACGCGGGUCGGGGGAUUUCCGAAUUGGGUCUUGAACCCCCAGCGACUGCGCUUUGUCGCCGUAUCUGCAGCCACAUUUGCACUCCUAUCAGGGGCCAUGUACAUGACAUGGGGGAUGCCGUUUCUUGAGCAUUCUUACCUGUAUCACAUUGGGCGUACGGACCACCGACACAACUUCAGCGUCUACUUCUAUCCGCUCUACCUUGGCCUCACCCGUGAAGCCGUGCUCACAAACCUACAAUCCAAGGCCCUGGGUCUUCUCGCAUUUCUACCACAGAUGACGCUGUCUAUCGGCAGUGGAUUCUAUCUGUCUCAUUCGCUCGUCGAAUCUUCAGCAUUCAACGCCUCUAGAACCAAAAUUGAGCGGGAUACAGCCCAUCACGCGAUCGGACAUCUUCCGUUCGUAUUCUUCCUCCAAACGAUGAUAUUCGUCACUCUCAACAAAGUAAAGGGAUCCGCGCAUGGAAAGCAGUAUUCAUGGUGGGAUCCUGGUUUGGCGCGCAGGCUUUAUGGUUAUCCCAAGGCUAUACGCUAG